GCGUACGCAUACCUGACGCUAUGCUCCUCGUCGCAUCACAUGAUAAUUUGUGUCCCUUGGAAGAAGGUCGUGAUUUUUAAAUCCUUGUGAAAAUAUAGCAAUUUAUGCGUGAUACCAAACCAGUCGGCUUCCUCGGACGACAUACGAACACUUUUGAGCUCAUCUCAGUGCAGAAACCCUACAGAGCACUAUGUCGGAGUUCUGGCUGAUCUCUGCCCCGGGGGAGAAGACUUGCCAGCAGACGUGGGAGAAGAUGAACAACUGCACAGCCAAGACUCAGACUUUGUCCUCCAACACCAAGUUCCACAUACCAGACUUAAAGGUUGGUACUCUGGACAUCCUAGUUGGCCUGUCAGAUGAGCUGGGCAAGCUGGACAGCUAUGUGGAAAGUGUUGCCAGAAAAGUGGCGCAGUACCUGGGUGAUGUGCUAGAGGACCAGAAAGACAAGCUGCAGGAAAAUCUGCUGGCCAAUGGAGUUGAUUUGGCCACCUACAUCAAGAGAUUCCAGUGGGACAUGGCCAAGUACCCCAUCAAGCAGUCCCUCAAGAACAUCUCUGAGAUCAUCGGCAAGCAAGUGAGCCAGAUAGACGCUGAUCUGAAGAGCAAGUCUCAGGCCUACAACAACCUGAAGGGAAACCUGCAGGCCAUGGCGAGAAAGGCAACUGGCAGCCUUUUAACCAGAAGUCUGGGAGACCUGGUGAAGAAGGAAGACUUUGUGAUGGACUCUGAGUACCUGCAGACAUUACUAGUGGUGGUUCCCAACCAAUGCUAUGAUGACUGGAAGGAGAAGUAUGAGACACUAACAGACAUGGUGGUGCCCAGAUCUUCCAAAAAGAUAUAUGAAGACAACGACCACGGACUGUUCACAGUUACCAUGUUCACACGGGUGGUCGACGAGUACAAGCACCAUGCUCGCGAAAACAGAUUUGUGGUGAGAGAAUUCCAGUACAAUGAGGAAGAGAUGACUGCUGGGAAAAAUGAGCUGUCCAAGCUCGCCUCUGACAAGAAGAAACAAUUCGGUCCCCUGGUCAGAUGGCUGAAGGUGAACUUCAGCGAGGCUUUCACAGCUUGGAUCCACGUUAAGGCUCUACGUGUGUUUGUGGAGUCUGUGCUCAGAUAUGGUUUGCCAGUGAACUUCCAGGCCAUGCUGUUGCAGCCCCUGAAUAAGAAGGUUCACCGUAAGCUGAGAGACUCUCUGCAGCAGCUCUACGGUCAUCUGGACAGCAGCUCCUUUGCUGUUGAUGAUCUUCCAAUGGACAUUCCGGGUCUGAGUGGAAUGAACAUCGGACAGGGCGAGUACUACCCAUACGUGUACUACAGCAUCAACACAGACAUGCUAUCUGACGUGGUCAAACGGUAGUCCAACAGACGCUGGUACAUUCUGGUAGAGAAAUGGUUAACUACGUCAAUGAAAGGGCCCACAUAUAAGUGUAUAAUCAUCAGAGGGAGCAACAAGGAAUGGGGGAAUUCGCCGACUUUUGCUGAAUUUUAUUUUACACAAACUUAACACCAGACAUGCUAUCUGAUGUUGUCAAACGGUAGUCCAACAGACGCUGGUACAUUCUGGUAGAGUAACGGUUACUACAUGAAUUAAAGAGCCCACAUAUAAAUGUAUAAUCAUCAGAGGGAGCAACAAGGAAUGGGGAAUUUGACGACUUUUGCUGAAUUUUAUUUUGCACAAACUUAACAUCAGACAUGCUAUCUGAUGUUGUCAAACGGUAGUCCAACAGACGCUGGUACAUUCUGAUAGAGUAACGGUUACUACAUGAAUUAAAGAGCCCACGUAUAAGUGUUAAGUCAUCAGAGGGAGCAACAAGGAAUGGGGAAUUCGACAACUUUUACUGAAUUUUAUUUGUCACAAACUUAUGUGGGUUUGUUUUAACAGUGGGAUGUCAGAAAGCUGCAAAAUCAUGAGUAUCUGCUGCUUUGUAAAUUUGGUAAGCCUGUAUUAGUUCUGUCAUAAGUAAUUUUUGUUUUUAUGUUUGUCUAUUUUUAAUCAGGCAUAAUUUGUAAAUAGUCCUUAUGUUGGAGUCAACUCAAUGUUGAAGACCAAAUUGAUGACAGAUUCUUGCGCAAAAUUAAGACAUGCAAAAAUCACUGAGUUUACCAGACUUCUGUCAAUGAUAAAGAUUUCCCCUGAAGUUAGACCGUCAAGACUUAAGAAAACAUUUAAAGAAGACAGCAGGCAAAAUAAGACUUAAUGCGAAUGUAUUUAAUAGUAGUUCAGCGUACAAAAUGUACAGAUACAGUGUUGAUAUCAUUAUGAUAUAUAAUAGUAACUUUGAUGGCUGGAGGCUCGCAUAGAUAAUUGUAUCACUCAACUUUCCUGUAGUGUCUUCAUAGUUAGACCCUCACUCAAAAUUUCUAAACUUACUAGUAGUCUUGUGUAAAUCAUGGUACAUAGGGCAAAUGUAGUGCAUUAUUGAAGUGACUUGAUCUAUAAAGUGACAAUAAUUGAUGGGGACUGUAUUUUACUGUGUACUGCCUGUGCAAUAUAUGUCUGAAUAGACCAGAAACCCUUGUGUGAAGACCGGGAUGUUGUAAGAUAAUGUCUGUGAUUGUCUUGUUGAUUG